AGACCUUACGACACUGGGAUUCUGCUGAUUGGAGGGGAGUACUUUUGGCUGCCCCCCAAGAGGGCGUCAAUCACAGUCACGAGUACGUGUACACAGCAAUGCACACUUAGUAACUUCAAGGACUCGGUCAACAUCACCUCGGCCUGGAACCACAUGCAUUACGCUGGUGAGAGCACAAAGGGACCGGGUCUUGUUUCCCUGAGAACAUAUACAAUUUGUUAAUUAAAAUUUUAUCUUUUUUUUUUUAAAAAGGCGAUUACUUGAACUGGUCUUAUUUCUUCUAGGCCGACAGAUGAACAUCCAGCUGUUCCGAAACAAUUCCUUUUUGACGAAUCUGACCAAUGAGAUGGCGUACAACUACGACAGCCCCCAAGUGAGAACCUUGUAA